AUGGCCGAGAGCACCGACGAUAGCCCGCACUUAUGGCCCGCCGCGCCGGACUGCUCGCAGACGCGCGCUCAGCCACACCCCGCGGACGACUUCCCUUUUCUCACCACCGACUCCGCCUCCCAGGCUGCACCCAUGGAGACCGCAAAGCUGGACGAGGAGGCGGCCAAGUGGAGUGACCAUGAGCUCGAGGCCCAAAUCGCGUUCCACACCGCCCAGGCCGCGCGCCUCAAGCACCUCUACAACAUGCGCGCCGCCGGCGUGUCCAAGCUACCCCCCGAGAUACUCUCCGAGGUCUUCCUCUUCCAAGCCGCGAUCCUUCGCGAGGACCGCAUCGCCCUCCACUGUCUCGAGGGUAGCGCCUCCCUCCGGCACCCGUUCUACAGAUGGCUCAAUGUCGCACACGUUUGUCAUCACUGGCGCUCCGUCGCUCUUCGCUGCUCCCACCUCUGGACCUGGGUCGCCUUCGAGGAACGUGUUCACUCGGACUUCAUCCAGACCAUCAUCGACCGCUCGCGCGGCCUUCCCCUCACCGUCUUCCUCUCCGCGAACCUCUCCGGCACGCGCUGCGACGCGUGCAUCAACCUCGAAGUUUUCCAGGAACGUGCCAAUGCCGCGAUAGACAUGACCAAAACCCUCCUGCCCCGCAUGCGCGAACUCUACCUCUUUGUCGAGAAGGAAAUCGGGCCGGAAGCCAUCUGGGACGCAUUCGAAGGUCCUGCGCCCCUUCUCGAGACGAUACACAUCGAGGCAAUUGGAAUCAGCCGUUACGACUUGGGGGACCGGCGCCAGGCCGAGCUGGGGGUGCCCAAGGCCGUCUUCCAUGGGCAUGUGCCCAAGGUGCGUUCCCUCAUCGUCGCCGGGGUGCAAAUCCGGUUCUCCAAUCCACUCUUCUCCGCCAAUCUCCGGGAGCUGGCGAUCAUGGACUGCCAGUGCCGCUCGCGUCUAAUCGACCCACCGAGGUUCGACCGCUGGCUCAGCACCUUGCGCAGGAUGCCGCACCUGGAGGUCCUCCGCAUCGACCGCUCGAUCCCGACCCGGGAUGAAGAAGAGGAUUAUCAUGCCGUCACGCUCCCGAACCUGAAGACCCUGCACAUCACUGCUCACGCCGACGUGUUUAUCGACCACAUGCACUACCUGCGCUUUCCGCGCUCGACCGCGGUCUACUUCCACAGCAUCGACACUUGGACAUACCUCUACGCCCCCGACCAGAUCGAGCGCUUCCAGAUCGCGGUCGCGUCCCUCUUCAAGCACAUGAUCGUCCAGGCCGUCGCCUACGGCACCGUCCCGCUCAACGACCACGACGCGCUCGACGCCGACGACCACUCCGCCUGCCAGGUCUGGGCCGUGCGCUCGCCCAAGCACGGCGCGGACGCGGUGCCGACGCCGCCGACGGCCCCGGUGGCACCCGACGCGCCCGCACCGCCGCGCCUGACGUUCGGGAGCGGGCAGCGCUCGCGCGGGAACACGACGGUCGCGCACGCGCUCGACGCGCUCGACCUCUCGCGCGUGCACGCGGUGCACAUCGCGGACGACCGGUGCGGGAUGAAGUGGGCGCGGAUCCUCGGGCGCGCGACGGCGGUGACGAGCCUCCGCGUCGACGGCCAGGCCGCGUUCGGCGUGCCCGCGCUGCUCGCGGGGGGCGUCCCGCGCCCGCUCGAGUUCGCGGAGGACAGCGUGACGGACGAGGAGGACUGCGAACUCGAGCCCGAGCCCGAGCCUGUCGCGGAGGAAGGCAAAGAGGACAGCGGCGCGGUCGCAUCUACAGGUGCGGAGAAGGAGGGGAAGGAGAGAGAGGAGGACGCGGCGCGGCCGCUGGUCCCGCUCUUCCCGCACCUCCGCCGGCUGCACUUCGUCGCGGUCGACAUGCAGUUCGACGAUCUGCAGCGCGCCCCGUGGCACUGCCACGGGUCCGUGGUGGACUUCGCCCCGUACGAGACGCGGGGGGUGAAGUACGGGUUCAGCGUGCUCGCGCUGAUGCGCAGCCUGCGCGCGCGGCGCGAGCAGGGCGCGACGGAUGUCGGGGAGGUCAAGUUCGAGCGCUGCUGCAGCGAAGACCUCGGACGGGACAUCGCGCCGCUCGCGGAGGUCGUGCCCGAGGUCCUGUGGGACGGCUACCUCGAGACCCGGCUGUUCACGAGGACGAGAGCUGGGGCGGAGGGCGCUGGUGUUGAAGGUGGAGUCUCUGUGUAG